GGCUCCCUGUCAUUCUUGUGCAUGGAUGUUUUCGUAAUUAUUUGCGUCAUUAUUUCAUUUUCAGUACUUAGAGUCUCGUCUCAAUGAAACCCUUCAAAAAUUAUAUAAACAAGAAUAAUAGUUAAAACAUACAUAAAAAGACAUACUUUUAGUACUGCCUUUUCAAAUAAUACAGAAAUUACUUAUAUGACAUCAAGAAGUUAUCUGCUUUAUUAGUAAAGGAAAUGAUAAAAAUUGAAUAAUCAAUUAUGGCAAUGGCUAUGAGAAAACGGAGCGGUUCUGGCUCCAAACGCCAACAUAAAGGAAAACUUGUACCUAUUUAUGAAAGCUUUUUCAAAGGAGAGGAUUUAACACUAGCUCAUCCAAAUUUUUGGAAUGAAUUGUUCUUAAUAAAACCUAUGGUUCCACAUAUUGAAAGUGAAAUUUUACAUAUGACUGCAGAACAGUUAAAUGCAAGCAGAGAAAACUUAAAUGCUUUAGUCUGCCAUUGUGUAGAUACAUUAGUUGAUGAACAUCCUUUCAGAGUUGUAUAUGCUUUACAAACUUUAGCAGCUGUUAUUCAGUCCAUGUAUAAAAAAGCUAGUCAAGGUGAUUGUGGAUUUAAUUUAAUAGAUAUCUUAGUAGGAUUUGAUUCUGCAGAACAGAGGAUGACAACAUUAAUGCAACAUUGUAAUAAUUUCUUAACAGGUGAAUACCCUGAUAGUUUAAAAGCUUUGUGCUUGAAAUUGUUGUUAAUUAUUGUAACUGGCAUGGACAAUGUUAGUCAGAACACUUUGUUGGAAUAUGUUAUGCUUAAUAGUGUUUUUGAAUCUCUGGUUCAACUUUUAAGAGAUACAACAGCUAGAAGCCGUCACGGACAUGACGCAGUAUUGCUUUUAACACUUCUAGUCAAUUAUAGAAAGCAUGAAAGGGCAAAUCCUUAUAUUGUUAAGUUAUCGAUUUUGGAUGAUGAAUUAGCUCUUAAUGGCUAUGGGCAAGUUAUAUCAAGUUCAUUGAUGGACUUUUGCAGACAGUUUGUUCAACAAAGAGCAGAAAUACAAGCAUCCUGGUUAUCUUCCUUAACCAGUAUAGUCGGAAGUAUGUUCGUUGGAGAAGAAGAAGCGAAAACGCAACAAGUCCGUGCAAAUAAUGCAUUGUUAUUAGCACUUUAUGAAGCAACACAUUUAAAUCGUAAUUUUGUAACAACUUUGGCAUAUACACAAAGUGAUACUAGUGCACCACCUUCUCCAAAUAAUACAUUGGGACCAAAUGCGGUAGCUCCCGGAACACAACUAUCUGACGUGAUGGCGCAGCCAUUUAAUUUGCUGGCCACAUUCUUACAGUAUUGUUCAAUAGUUAUGCAGGUGAUCAGAACAGAGGCAAUAAUGAAUAACGUUAAAUUGUGCUUCCUCAUAUUAAGUUGUAUUGCCGAGGAUCAAUAUGCAAACAGUUUAAUGCAUGAUGCAAAUUUGGCAUUUAGAGUACAACUCCAUCGAGUACCGAUGCAUCAUAGAAAGAUACAAGAUAAAGCAGCACCAGCACAACCAUUAGCAGCUACCUUACUUGAUUUACUUGUCGAAUUUGUUACAUCGCAUAUGAUGAAAAAAUUUCCAUUGGAACUUUAUCAUCAAUGUAUUGGAGUUCUACAGAGGUUGCUUUGUUACCAAAAAAGAUGUAGAGUUAGGCUUGGAUAUCAAUGGAGAGAUCUUUGGACUGCACUAAUUAAUUUACUCAAAUUUUUAACCACUCAUGAAAGCCACCUUAUUAAGAAAAUGAAUAUUUUUCCAUUAGCUAUUCAGGUUGUGAAUAUUUUAAAUUUGUUUAUUACGUACGGAGAUACAUUCUUAUCCUCCCCUAGCAGUUAUGACGAAUUAUUUUAUGAAAUAAUACGAAUGAGGCUUAUUUUCACAAAUUUGAAUGCAAUGGCUCUCCGUUAUUCAACAAGCGAAUCUUAUGAGUAUAAAGAACAUGCAUUAAAAUUGACAAAUUGUUUGGUGAAUAUGAGAGACAUAGUAAAUCAUUUCCCACCAAAAAUAGCAGCGUGGUUAGCUAGUGAAAGUUUGUCCACUCCAACAGAACAACAAAUUUUAGCUAUCAUAAUACAAAAUUAUGAUAGCCUUACUUUAAAAUUGCAAGAUAAUUUAGAUCAAUAUGAAAGAUAUUCUGAGAAACCUAAUCAUGUUGCAUUCUUUGAGGAAAUGGUAACUGGAGUUGUAAUUGAUACUCGAGGAUCGAUAGAUUUGAGUACAUUAGACACACAGGCUAUAUUACAAGAACUAUCGAAUAUUUCGUAACAUAGGUUCUAUGUAAAACGUGAAUCAAAUACUGUGUGUCAUUCCGUUGUCAUGUAUUAUAAUGUAUUUUUUUUAAUAAAAUCAGCUUUAUAUGUAUGUUCUUAAUAUCACAAAGAAUGUAUAGCUAGUUGCGAAAGUAACACAUCAUAGUGUGUUCAAUCGUUGCGCCAUAUUUCUAUGGAUUGUGUAUACAAGAUUAAAAAAGAUCAUUAAAAUUUAAUAAGUAUAAGAUAGAA